UACCAAAGACAAUGGACGUGAAUACUUUAAUUUUGUACUGGUAUUAUCGUCGAUCUAAAAAAAGAAAAACAAGAAGAAUACACUGGGUGCAUCCAAUUUUAAGGCAAAGACAAAGUGUUGGGGAUUUUUAUACUUUGAUGAGCUCGUUACGAGAAGAUGAUACCAAAUUUUACACUUAUUUUAGAAUGUCUAAAGAUACCUUUGACUUCCUUCUCCAAAGGUUGGAUACGGAUUUGAGAAAACAGGAUACAUGUAUGAGAAAGGCCAUUAGCCCUGAAGAAAAGUUGGCGAUAACUAUAAGGUAUUUGGCGUCAGGACUUUCCUAUGAAGAUCUUCAUUUUAGUUAUCGAAUUGGCAAAUCAACCAUUUCCACCAUCGUAGUAGAAGUGACGCAAAGUAUAUGGAAUAAUUUAUAUGAAGAAUUUAUGCCACUUCCUAAUAAGGAAGAAGAGUGGUUAAAGAUAGCAAGUGGAUUUAACGAAAAGGCCAAUUUCCCUCACUGCCUUGGAGCAGUUGACGGGAAGCAUAUUAGGCUUCGAAAGCCAUCAAAUAGUGGUUCAGUAUAUAUGAACUACAAAGAUUUCUUUUCAAUAGUGUUAUUAGCAGUCGUAGAUUCAGAUUAUCGAUUCGUUUACGUCAGUGUAGGUUCCUAUGGAAAAGAAUGCGACUCAUCAAUAUUUAAAGAGUCAAGUUUUUGGAAAAUGUUGACAGAAGGCCGUUUGAAUAUACCCGAACCAAGGCCUUUAUUUACAGAAUCAGAAGUUCAAGUUCCUUACGUAAUUAUUGGCGACGAGGGAUUUGGUUUACACACACAUUUAUUAAGACCUUUUGGUGGAACGCAUCUUGACAGAGGUAAACGAAUAUUUAAUUAUCGUUUAACCAGAGCGAGAAGAUACGUUGAAUGUGCGUUUGGCAUUCUAGCAAAUAAGUGGAGAAUUUUACAUAGACCCAUAGACCUUAAACGAGAAACAGCUAUUUCAGUAGUGAAAGCUUGUACUGUCCUCCACAAUUUGAUUAUAAAAAAGGAGGGAAUUGAAUUAGAAAAAGAAUUUAAUUUUGAAAAUUUACUACCCCAGGAAGUAUCACCGAGUGUCGGAACUGGCAAUUCAAUGAGAAAUGAAUUUAUGACCUACUUUCUAUCAGAAACUGGAUCAGUACCAUGGCAAGACAACAAAAUAUAGGCAGUAUAGAUUUGUAUUUAAAUUUUCUCAAUAAAAACUUACCAAACAACU